AUGCGUGAGAAAAAGAACAACCAAGGUACAGCAGCCUUCAUCACAUCUGGCAGCAAUGAACUGAGGAACUGGUCUCAGCACAGCGGCAGAGCAUCUGCUGUACAGGGGGAAGGACCAGCCCAGUCUGCCGUAGUGGCUUCUGUCCCUUGGCAAUCUGACAAAGUCUUGGCCAGGAGGAGGCGCUAUGCAAUCAGCCCUCUAGGUUACAAAUGGGACCAUGUGAAUCUGACCUACAAGAUCGUGCAGUUCCCCAGCACCCUCAACAAGGUGGACACCGAGCGAGCCAUUGUGAGUGCCUUCCGCAUGUGGAGCAAUGUUUCACCACUCACCUUCCAGCGCUUGGCCCCUACUCAGCCGGCAGACAUCACUAUAGGUUUCUACACAUUCAACCACACCGACUGCUGGUUCUCUCCCAUGCAUCCUUGCUUCGACGGGCUCAAUGGGGAGCUGGCGCACGCUUUCCUCCCUCCCCGUGGUGAGAUCCACUUCGAUAACCAUGAAUUUUGGAUCCUGGGCCGCUCCCGCUUCAGUUGGAAGCAAGGUGUCUGGUUGAAUGACCUUGUGCAAGUAGCAGCUCAUGAGAUUGGCCAUGCCCUGGGCCUCUGGCACUCCCGGGAUGUCCAUGCCCUCAUGCAUCCCAAUGCCACCUACAGCAGGACAUGGCGCAUUGGCCAGGAUGAUGUCUGGGCCAUUCAGCAGCUGUACGGUUGUGUGGAUGAAAAGAAGCAGUGCCAACUCUGGGCCCAGCUAGGCUUCUGCAGCCGUCGGCGAGCCUUCAUGAAGAGGCACUGCCCCAGAAUCUGCAACACCUGUUUUGAGCCCCCUGUUACCGCCGCCACCUCCUCCUCCCUACCUGCUUGGCCUUCCCAUGUUCACACCAGAUACAUCUCCAAAGGCAAAGCUGUCACCUUCCGCUGCGGGCUGAACUCUUCCAGGCCCCGCUGGCAAGUCAGCUGGUAUAAAGAUGGGGAGCCGCUCUCCCACUCCCUCCCAGGCUUUGAUUUGCUUCCCAGCCAAGAUCUGCGAGUCGUUGCCACCGAGUUCAGCGAAGGACGGUAUGCCUGCUUGAUCCGCCGUGGCAGCAGGACUCUCCGGGCUCAUUCUUGGCAGAUAAAGAUCAAAGCUGGAAAUCCCUUGCCCCCCAUGAUGGGCAAACUGGGGAGAGCAUGAAC